AUGAGCGCCACCGCAUCCGGCGCCGAUAAGGGCGAUGCGCAACGGAGAUGUACGCCAGAGCAAAAGGCAGCCGUGCUCCGGAUUAGGCGCUGUGAACCUACCGCUUUCUACGAUAUCUUGGAGCUUGAAAGCGUUCGAACCUCGGCGACGGAAUCAGAUGUCAAGAAGGCCUACAGGAAACUCUCGCUACUAACGCACCCGGACAAAAACUGCCACGAGCAUGCGGACGAGGCGUUCAAGAUGGUGAGCAGGGCGUUUGGCGUACUCGGCGAUAAGGACAAGAGGGAAAAGUAUGAUCGGUUUGGGACGGACCCGGAUAGUCGGUUCGCGAGCGCGCAACAGCAAAAUCCUUUCGCGAGGAGGCAUCCUUCGGGUGCGGGUCCCGGCGGGGGCGGAUUCGGCGGGGGCGGGUUUGGUGGUGGGUUCCAGGAGGAGAUGACGCCCGAAGAAAUGUUCCAGAGGUUCUUUGGUGGCGGGUUCGGUGGUGGCUUUGGCGGGCCGUUUGGCGGCUUCGAUACCGGCCCUCAGUUUGUAUUCAACCUCGGUGGCGGCCCCGGCAUCCGCGUCCAUCAGUUCGGUGGUGCGCGUCCCCGGCGUAGGCCCCGCGAGGCCAAUGAUGAACAAGAACAGAACAGCAGCUUUUUCCAAACCAUCAUUGGCCUGUUGCCGAUUCUCUUCUUCUUCAUCAUUCCGCUCCUCUCCUCUCUCUUUUCCGGCGGCACAACCCAGCCCUCUGGUCCUCGCAUGGUCUUUGACCAGCCCAUGCCACCCUACACGGAGAAGCGUCACACGCCGAGUUUCAAGGUCAACUACUUUGUCAACCCCGCGGAUAUCGAGUCGUACUCGAAGAACAAGCUGGCGCAGCUCGACAAGACGGCCGAAUCUCAGCUGCUGAGGGUGCUGAGGACCGAGUGUGAUAGCGAGUACCGCACCAAGCAGAGGAUGAUUGACGAGGCCCACGGCUGGCUCUUCCCGGAUCAAAAGAAGAUGGAGAGGGCGAACGCUUUCGAAAUGCCUGCGUGUAAACGGCUGGAGAAGCUGGGCGUGAGGAGGUAG